AUGAAUCAAAUCUGGUCUACAGGUCCCCCAAAUUUUUACUUCAACUCUGAAUGGAAAGAAAAUAAGAGAAAUGACAGGACAAUUGAAGACUCUUUAAGAGAACUAGAUGGGUUGAUCCAUUCCUUGGAGAGAACUCAUAUUGAAGUACAAACAAACCCAAAGCUAAAGAACGAUGUCACAGCUUUAAAUGAUAUUAACAAGAAAGAAAAUAAAGAAGAGAUCACUCAUGAAAACUAUACACACCAGAUUAAUAGUAUUCCAUUGACAAGCUCAAAUUUAAAUCGGCAUUUCUCCUUUUCUAGAGACUACAACCAAUCUGAUAAUAGCAAUAAUAAUUAUUACAGGGAAUAUUUAUCCAAACCAAGGUAUUUGCAGCAGUCAACUAAAGAACAAACUUUCAAUGAAAUUAAUAAAAGAAAAAGUGCUGCAAUUAUUCCCCCUUGGUUAAAUAUUCCAGAAAACUCAAGAUUUUUUGUAAUAAAGUCCUCGUCUUUGAAGCAUGUCAAAAGGUCGUUUUACAACGGAAUUUGGUCGUCUACUCAUUUCGGCAACAAAAGGCUAUCUGAGGCAUAUAAAAAGCUUAAUUCGGGAGCCAAAGUGUUUUUAUUUUUUUCAAUCAACACAUCAGGAAGAUUCUGUGGCGUUGCAGAAAUGGUAUCGGAUUUGAAAAUGGAUUUGGACACCAGUAUAUGGGAAGAUGAACAAAAAUAUGGCAAAGCCUUUAAAGUAAGAUGGGUGAUCGUGCGUGAUAUAAAUAACAGAUCGUUAAAAAGGUUUUUGAUACCAUCCAAUGAAAUGAAACCGAUAACACAUUCCAGAGAUACUCAAGAAAUUCCAUAUUCGAUUGGAAUUUCAAUAAUUAAUCUAUUUAAAACUCAAGAUUCUGAUAUUUUCUCCUUCUUGGAUGAGACGUAUGAAUAG